AUGUAAUUUACAUUAUUAUUGGCUCUCGCUCUUACAACACUUUCUUAAUCGACUGAUUUUGCUUUGUUGAUAAAAAGUUCAAAUUCUUAGGCAUGGGAAAGAAUUGGUGAUAUUAAAAUACCCAGAUCCAAUUUUUAGAAUGCUCAGAUUGUCUUGAAUUAAAAUAAACAACAAAUUGUAGAUCGCAAAAAAAUUAACGAAGUAAAUAUCCAGUCUCUAAAUCUAGAAUAAUUAUGCUCUAUUGAAAUUAUAGAAUUAACAAGAUGAAAAAUCAUAUAUAGCGCAUAUUGAUGGAAAAUAAUUAUCUCUCUUUAAUUAGAAAUCCAAUUACUAAGAAAUCAUUACUUUUGUUUUAUCCAAUAAUGAUCUAUUGUCAUUUGAUUACGCAUUAAAGCCCGUAAGGAAAAAUGCAGAAACCUACAUUCAAGUCAACAUCAAAGAAUUGGAAGUAGCCCCAUCAGGAUUAGUACCACAAUUUGAAGAAAAGACUCCCGAAGAAGAAGAACAACAAAAACCCCAGGGAAUCUUUGGACUAAUAUUAUAAUAUGUAAGAAUCCCCUCUAUCCUUAGAAAUGGUACAUUAUUAUCGGAUUUAUUGUCUUCUUCCUAACUGGCCAAGCUGAUCCACAAAAAUUAAAUGAAACUGUUUAAUAAGCUUAAGAAUAAGCCUAGGCAUCAAGAAGAAGAAACAAAUGAGAA